AACAAAAAAAAACAGCCAGAUUAAAAAAGUUCUCUGUAUCGCUGAGUAGUGUGUGGAUACGUCGGAAAUUGAGAAAAACGAGCGCAAUCAAUUUUUCGCGGAAAAUUCCUGUGAAAUUCUGCCAAAAAAAUUAAAUCAAAACAUUCAGAGUCUUCUUAUUGAGAAUAUGCGAAAAUAAUUUAAUCAAAAUUUACCACUCCAGCAUUAAGUGAAACUUUUUUUGCACUUUUUUCAUUUUCCUUUUCGUCCAUCCAUUUGAUUUUCUUGUCGUUUUGUGCGAGGUGUUUACUCGAAGAAAAAGAAAAGAUAUGACACCAAGUUUAUUUGAUGACCUAAAAAUGCAAUCUGUCUCCUUUUAACAUGCACUUGUUUACUUGGUAACACCGCAGUGUAUGCAUCUACUGUGUAUAGUGCUGACUCUCUCGUACAGAUAAAUUGUUGCUAAUUUUCUUUUUCAUGUCGCUGUGAAGAAGAAGGAUUUGUAUUGUGUUGUUGAGAAGUUAUUAGAAGGAAGAACGAGAUAGAAGUAAAUAAUAUUUUCUCGUGAGCGCGACGCGACGACUCCAUAUUCUUACACACAUCGAAAUCGAAUCCUACCAUCGCUGGUUUUUCGUUGGAAUUUGUGUCUCGACUUUUUGUGACUCGCGCCGCACCAUACAAGAGAAACUCACCAUUUUUGUUGGUGAAUUGUGGAUUCGUUAACAAAUCAAAAAUUUUAUAUACACCUUAUUUCUCUCGAGUUCGACAUCGAGUUUCUCCUCAAAUAAGAAAACACCAUCGCAUUGCGUUGAAAAAUAAUGUAUUUUACCUCUUGCUCGUUUAAUGCAAAGAAAAUUUAUUAAAAGUGCAAUAACUAGCGUGUAAAUUGUAAAUAACACAAGUGGAUUGAAGAAAAAGCGACCUAAAAAUAAGAAAAACAUAUUUUUGUGGUGUUACAUCUUUAUCGACAUCAACUAGAACGACGACGACGGUAGCCAGUGUUGUGUUUACAAUAUUAUUUAUGACAUUUUGAGAAAGAGAUAGCACUUGGCAUAAUCUCGAUUAUUUCUCUAACUUUUUGCUUUUUUUUUAUUCUUUUUGCAUUUUCUGCUACUCGCAAGUGAAUUUAUAAACCAGAGUAGAACAAAUGUAGUACCUAUACCAAGUCUCUAAACAAACGCACUCAGUUUUACAAGUAACCAAACGCAGGAUGGAUUUUUCUGAAGAUAAAAAUGAGGCAGCCUCAAUGCAAGCUGACACUGAAAAUGAAAACAAUCGGAAGAACUCCGAUUCGUGUGCCGAACUUAACAUGGCGAGUGUAUCACCAAAAGAUGCGAUUGAAAACAAAAGGGAAACUAGGUCAAAAGCAAGUUCCGAUUCAAAGGAGUCAGGUUCAAAUUUUAGCAACAAUUUCGAAACAACUAAUCAGAUGAAAGAAGAAAAGGUUAAUUGUAGCCCGAAUACAAACUCAAAGCAAUCACAAGGUCCAGAAACCAUUGAUAAUGUUUCACAAGAGUCUACAUUACCAGAAAAUAUUCUAUCGCCUCCAAAGUCAGAAACCCAAACAGAUGAAACAAACACUGCAACAUCUUCACCAGCUUCAGAAUCACAACUGUCACCAACAACAAAUGUUGGCGGGGAAAGUUCAACUGGUGGUGGCCUGGCUGUAGGGACCACACCAGCGACAGCCACAUCAGCACAAUCGGGAGAAUCUUCAGGGGUUUCACCAGCGUCAGGUAGUGGCGAUCUAUCACCAAGAGUCGUCCAACCAAUCAAUAUUAUAGCUAACGGAACAAUUCCCAAAACAGGCAAACCGCUCAUGUUGCCGACGAACAAGAAAACCAGCAAACCAAAGUCCAGCAAACAAAAGAAAUCGAAAGCAUUGGUUGCGAUAUACGAGAGUGAGAUUAGUGACAAUAAGAUUGGCAUUAAACUCUGCAUCAAAAAAUCGGACAGCGGUAGCACACCAACAAAAACUAAACCGAACAGGAAAAGGUCGCGCAAGUCGAAAACACGCGUCGAUAGUGAUGACUCUGAGUACGAAACAAAACGCCGGCGAGAAAGACCAACAAACAACAACUCUGACCGACCUAAACGGGGCGAUUCGACAAACUUCAAGGAACCCGUUGAGCAAAGUGCCUGGGGAUCUACAAUUCCCGAAAAUGUGCUCUUAAAAAUUUUCCACAACGUCGUGGAAAAAGAAGGUGCUCUGCCGACACUAUUUAGAUUGGGACGAGUUUGUGCUCUGUGGCGAAAUGUUUCAUUAUCCUCGUCGUUAUGGCGCUCAAUGGAUCUUAGCACAUGGGUCAAAGAAAAACAUCGCACAGAACUAAAACUUAAGUGGUUUAUUGAAAAUAGGGGUAGAGGAUGCACCGAUUUGAAUGUCUCUAACUGGAAAGUAACAGAUAUUUCAUGCAUCCUUGCUAAGCUUUCGGAGAGCUGUCCCAAUCUUACUGGCAUUACCCUGAAUGGAUGGAAAGGCUUCACAUCGGAUCAUCUUACAUUUCUCGUCGACAACAUACCAAAACUUGAGCGUUUAGACUUGAGUUCGAUAAACGUGGAAAUGAAUGCCAGCAAAAGUGCUGUGGGCCUCCAAUCCCUGUGCAAUUCCUUACAAACAAUCAAUGGUCGUCUAACCCAUUUACACUUGGCUCAUAAUAGGCUUGCUGGAAUCCCACAAAUUUUAACAAUAUUAGCAUCACAUUGUCCCAAUUUGGUUCUUCUUGAUCUCUCAAACGUUCGUACGGCUGCCAUUUCGCAUGGUAUACUGCAUGUAGAAAAACUUCAACAUGGUUGUCAGAAAUUAAAAGUUCUACGUGUUACUAAUUCCCAUGUUACUCUCAGUCAAGCAUCAAUCCAGGAAGCGAUGGAUUCACCAGGUUUUCCUGAUCUUGAGGAACUCUCUGUGGCAGCCCUAACAGACGAAUCUCGACUCAUAAGCGAUGAACAUCUGCAAAGGAUUUUAAAGAGUAGUUCCAAACUGAAGUUAUUGGACGUAAGAGGCUGUACGCGUUUAACGCACGAAAGUCUCAUUCGUCUACCAGCCUGGGAUAUAAAACAUCUAUUUUUGUCUGGAUGUUCUGUUACAAGAGAUGUUGGAUCUGGUCUGGAGUUGAUAGCUUCGAAGUGGGCGCAUAGUUUAGUUGAGAUAGAUUUGGCCUGGGCAAAUGUGCAACAACCGCUUGAUAAUGCUCUUAGAGCACUGGCGGAAAAGGGUAGCGAGUCGCCUUUAAGUCAUCUCAACCUUUGUGGAUCAUCGGUUUCAGAAGAUGCUGUUAAGGAAAUUCUAGCGAAUUGUCCGAAUAUGAAUUCUAUAAAUCUGUCUUCGUGUCGUGGUCUCCCGCGUGGUGUAAAACGACUAAUGCAUGGACCAACAGAAAUUCAAGAACUUCGUGAAGUCUUAAAAGUCCAAAUGAAAGUUAAACUACCCGCUGAAUUGAGUCAACGACAAGUCAAAACUGAUGGCGCAGUUGCAAAUUGAUGUCACGUCACGAACCAAUAGAGAGGUAUCAAUUUAAGAACAGGAAGUCAUAUUAAAAAUAGAUAUAAUUUUAGUUUAAGUCAAAUUAAAAAACAAAGAAGAAAACCACAAAUUAUAAAAAUCUAUAAUGUCACACAAUUUAUAUUUUUAAAAAUAUAUACAACAAACAUCAGCAGCACUCAGGAAAGAAUUAAAGCUUAUACAAGCUAAAAAGCCAGCUAUGGAAGGUUAUUCGCUGCUGGUAAGCGUUAAACAAAAAAUAAUAUUAAAAAGUAAAGAUGUCGCAUGUAGAAUUGUAGAACCAAAAAGUGUACUAAAAAAAUCAAACUGAGUUUUCUCACUUUUUAAAUGAAUUAAGAUAGCAUUUCAAAUAGAUAGUUAAAUCCGAGAUUAUGUCUGAAGUUUACCAAGCAGAAAAACAAGUUAAACUUCUAAACCAAUUUAGUAUUUUUUGAACUAAGGACAAUUAAAGAGUAUAAUAUUUUUAAUGACAUGUGACGUAGUUACUUUUUAUGUUAUCUCCGGCUAAAUUUUCCGAACCAACCCAAUCAAUAUGCCACUCCAGAACACACAAAGUUUAAUCUCUCAAUUCUCUAAAAGCCUGCCUUAACCAAUAACCAUACCAUACCCCUUUCUCAUGCCUGUCAAAAUGUGCACUAUGACAAUGCAACAAUCGUUUAAAUUUUGAAUAUUAUUUUUUGUUAUUUGCAAUCGUGGUAAAUUAGUAGUAUAUUUAAAAUAUACUGUAUUUUGUUUUCCUUUUUAGCACACAAACAAUUUUGUUUAAAUAUACAAUGUACACAUUCUUAUUUAUAUUAUAAGCUAUUCAAAAUUGAAUAUUGAUUGUAUUAUUUUUAUUUUGAGUGAAUGUUGAAAACAAAAAUUUUGUUAAAAAAAAAUUAUUAAUAUUAAAUAUAAAUAAAACUUUUUUUACGUAAUAAAAUUAUAAUAGUAAUUCUGGAAAAACCAAUAUUAACUAUUAUUUUAUACAGUUAUGUAGCUAAUUUUUAGUUUUAAAUAUAUAACUAUAUAUAUACAUUAUAAAAAAAAGAAAGAAGUAAUAUUAAAAACAAAGAAAAGAAAAAAACUUGUUAUCAAAGUUUUUGUGAUAAGUUGUUAAAUAUUUUUUGUGCUAAAAAAAUGUGUUUAAUUUGUAUAUUAAUUAAGACUUGAAUAGAUUUUCUUUUAAUUGCAAUAUAUCCUUGAAGGUUAAGAUAUAUGAGUUUACAAAAUUCAAAGAGACCCAAAAGCUGAUCGAAUUUAGUUGUUUGAAGUUAACAAAAUUAGAAAUGCCUUGAUAACAAAUUCUCAUUUGCUAUAACUGGCAAUAACAAAGAUAAAGAUAAUUCCACAUGAAUGUUCUAAAAUGUCUUGCUUGCUCGAUAAUUUUUGAAAGCAUAAAUUUAAACUAGUAAAUGAGGCUUAGACAAAAAAUAAUUGGAACAGCUUUUAAAGGAAAUCAAGGGCCCUAUUCUGUAAUGCGUUUCGAAAGCCAAUCCGAUUCGAAUCUGAUAUUCCAUUCGUAUAUGAAUUCGUACUCUGUUAAAUGUUCAAAUCGAAUAAAACAAUCAUCUAGUACUUUUUCGAUUUAUCGAAUAGAUUUGCCUAGUCUUGAAGUAUUUCUUAUGAGAUUUGUCAAAGAAAAAAUACAAAAAAAAAAUCAAAACAAAUCACAAAAAAGACUUUUUUACACUUCACUGCUUUGCAAUUGUCACAUCUCUCUUCAUAAUUCAAGCUUAGAAAGUUUAAGCUGAAUUUUUUCAUAGUCAUUUCAUUUUUGUGUUGAAAUUUGUCUUUUGAUUCAAGUUAUACGAAAUUCAAAUUGCUUUUGUUUGGUAUACAUAUUUUCCGCUAAUUUUUCACUAUAAUGGAAUUUAUUCGCUUAAAUAUUGAAUACAAUUAUUAUUUCCUUACUUAUAUUUUAUCUAUUUCACACAACUUAACACAAUUUUCCUUUUGUGUCCUUUAAAAACGACCUUCGAAUUGCAAUUCGUUACCUCUCUUUUUGUAGAAACAAUGACAUUGGGAAACGCGUUGCCAGGUACGAAAAAUCCGAAUACGGAUUUUUGUCAUUCCGUAAGUACUAGAAAUUCUUAACCGCAUUAGAAAUAGAGAGUACAAAAUAUUCGUUUUCGAAGAUAUUUGCUUUCGAAACGCAUUACAGAGUAGGGCACAAGUACCCGUGGCGCGAUGGUUAGUGCGUAGGGAUGUCAUGCCAUGCCAUGCCUGCGCCACAUAAUUUUUUGUACAGGUACUGCCUUUCACAAGGAAUUGACAGAUUAUCCAAGAGUUUGUUUAUAAACAGUGUUCGCGUACAUUAAUGAAAUUGUAAGUCACUAGGUUCUGGUUCUCUACAAGCUGAUGCACCACCUUAUUUAAAUUGAAAAUUAAAUAAAUUGGUUUGCAAAUUUAAAUUUUGUUUCGUUAGGUUUUUAGUUUAUAAUUUGAUGGAACUUUUUAAUCCUUAUGAACACAAAUAAAAUUAAAAUUGCUGAACGUUUAAAAUCGAGUUGAUAUGUACCAAACGUGAAUUUAUAAAUUUACCUACUUUUUUAUUUUUUAUAAUUCAAAGAAUCCAAUUGCCAAUUAACAAAGUUGUUGCCAACUCUGCACAAAACAAGAGCGGGUAGAGGAUGACAAUUUUUCUUUUAAAUUGAGGUUUAUCACGGCACCGUGCACAAACAAAAACAAAAAAUAGAGUUCCUCAGAUUUCAUACUUUGCGGCAAUAUUUAAAUUAUAUACUUUUGCUUUGCUAUUCAUUGUUCGAAUUUUAUCCGGCGAGGGGAUAUGUCUUAAGGCCGAUUUAUGUUUAACUGAGUACUUUAAUAUAGUACCACAGCAUCUGAAUGAUCAGCCGUUUCUGGGUGAAAAAAAUGCUUCCAAUUCAAUUAACGUAACGACUAAUUCUUUAAGAAACAAGAAAGUUGGACCUUUGACCAAAGGCGAGUGAGGAAAUGAGCCUUAAUGAAUAUAUGUGGAGCAGAUGACGUUUUUACUUACUUUUGUGCGAUAUAAUUAAUAACAAGAAUAAAAAGGCACUUUUGUGAAAGGAAAGAAUAAAUAAAUAGAAUGGUUAAGAAAUAUUUCCAAAAAACUUUUUUAAAUGUUAAAUUACAAUUCAAAUAAACUCGAAUCAGUAAAUAUCAUUUUCAAUUGAUCUGAAUUUUUCUAUUCUCUUGAGGUAAAGAAAUAUUUCCAAUCUUAAUUAAUUUUUGAUCUUCCAAUUCGUCUUUGGGGAUUAUUAAGUAAAGCUAAAUUAGAAAGGUUAAGCAUACAAUUCGCGAGUUUGAGUUUAUGGCGAUUAUGAACCGAGAGCCCCAAUCAAAUAUAGUUUUGGUUUUGAUUAUUAAUUACUUAAAAUUGGAAACUACAAGAACUCAUAACAAGCCAUAGAAACAUAAUAAAACAUGCAUUAAUUUAUGAAUAUUGUAAUUAAAUUAAAUAAUUAAAAAAUGAUUUGCUUUUGCAAACAAAAUAUUUCCCUCCAAAAAAUAAGGAAUUUCUAAAAAACAUUAAUAUUUCUGCAUUACGAGGUUCCUUUUGAAAUUCCAAGUAGGACCUUGGAUUCAAUAUGUUGGCAUGCAAAUGAGAAUUAGUUUUAAAUCUUCUGCUUUUUUAAAAGUAUAGAUUGUUCUAGCGAGUUCCAAGAGUUUAAUAGAUUGGUACGAAGGUUUCUACAACAUCAUCAAAUUGAACAUCACUGAUUUUACACUGAAUGUAUAAAUAAAUUAAUUAAUACCAAUAUGAUUGAGUGUUUUAAAUACAUUUAUUUAUUCACGGGCAGUUUUAUAUCUUAUUUGCUUUCGCAAUUAUGUAUACACUAUGUUAUCUAGUGUUGGCGCAAGUCUUUAAGAGUCUUAAAAAUAUCUGUCAAUCAAAUUUAGGCUUUUUCAAACAAUUUAUAAAAAAAAUAAUAUAGUCAUGUCAUGAAAACUACACCAUGGAGUAAGGAUUUUCUGGACUUUAACUAAAAGCUUAGUGUUUUAUUUGAUUCUAUAACAUUUUUACUCUAUGGUGUACAAAUAGGAACAUUGAAGCUGAAAUAACUAUUUUUUUUAUAAAUAAAGCAGUAAGGAAUUAUUUGCAUUUAAAAUUAAAUAUAAACAAAAAUGAGAAAGAGAAAAACAAACCGAGCCUUAUCCUUCCUUCCAAAUAUCCCGACAUAUUGUGUGUAUAAAAAAAAAGUUCAAACAAAAAAAUCAUAAUUAUUACAUAAGAACGUAUGAAUGUAUAAUUAAAUUUUAAAAAAUCGAUGAACAAUGAUUUUACAGUUUUUCACAUAUAUAACAAAAAAAGAAGAAAUAGUAAAGAAUAAAUUAAAACAAAGCAUGAUGUGUUUUUUGUUUUGUUUUGUAAAUACUUUCCUUAACAUCUGUCGGUAUAUUUUGGUCCUUAUUUAAAUGAAAAACAUAAAAGAUGGGUUUUUAUCAGAAGCAAUUGAAAAACUCGCAUCUUUGAUACAAGAACAACUCGUGUAGUGUAUGACCUAGCCCCAAUUAAUUUUUUGUCUUACUGGUACUAGCUAAAUAAAAAAAAGUUAAAACUAGCACAUUAAAUAACAAUUAAAAAGAAAACAGCUUAAGAUAAACACAUACAAAACCAUAAAGCUUGAAUUUCAACAAAACAAACAAAAAACAGUAAUAAUUUAUACACAAUAAAUAUAAAAUUUAAAAAGUAGACUUAAACUAAUCAAUUUUUGUUUUGUAAAGAAAAAAUAAAAUAAAUUCUAUUUUCAACAAAAAUUCAAAAAAGAACAAUUUUUUUACUGUAUUAUGUAGAUGGGUAAAAACGCUAUCAGUUAUGUGUUUUUUGCGCAAAAUGUAAAUAUGUUUUGAUUUUUUUUUAAAUAUAGUUAAGAAAAAUUUAAAUAAAUAAAUAAAAACAAAAAUAUAUAUGUAUAAGUUUGUUUCAAGUUUAUGUCGUAUGAAUGGCAAAAUAAAGAGCAUGAAAAACAAAUGUUAAAUAUUAAAAGAAAAAUAAAUAAAA